AUGGAGGGCUCGUUCUCCAAUAUCAUGAAUCAGCCAGAUAGGAAUGAAUUAGGGGGUGCUCCUCUCGUCAUUCAACAAUAUGCGCGAUAUCCCUCGACGUUGGAACCGGGACUACAAAGUGCCUCCUCAUUAGGCAGCACGCACAGCCAAGUAGCAACAUCCAAAUCCCCUCCUCUGCAUCGCAAAGCGACCCCUCGCAGCCUACAGGCCUCGCCGACGGGAAUGCGGCCAGGGGUUCCUCACGCGGCUGUUAACCGCUCAGGUCCCUCCAUGUCUCCCCCCGUCUUCGACCCUCUCCGCCAUGGGCCGCCGAGAGAUUCCAUUGAUCAGGCAGAGUCACGAUCCCUCCCCUCGCGGGAUAUCACAGAUGACACCAUCGAUGAUGCUUAUGUGAUGUUCAUUUUCUACUGUAACCCGAAUGUUCCUCUCUCCGCGGAUACGUCCGAGUUGCGCAAGACGUUCCGAUGUCCUCCACGCAGCGAUGGGAAGAGUUUCAGCAUUUUCACAUUGUGGGAACUGAUUCGCAAACUUGAUAGCAAGGAACUCAAGACAUGGCACGCUCUGGCGAUUGAAUUGGGGGUCGAGCCGCCUGUGAUAGAACAGAAGCAAAGCACACAGAAAGUCCAGCAAUAUGCGGUUCGGCUUAAGCGUUGGCUGCGGGCAAUGCAUGUCGAUGCAUUCUUCGAAUAUUGUCUCGGUCACCCCCACCCAUACUACACGCACCUGCCGCCUAGUAAUGUCGUUGCGAUGGACAGCCGAGAUGGUGUGCCGUUGGAAGAGGAUCUCGCUCUGCGGGCUCUUAUGCCUCAAUGGAAGCCAAAAAGAGGGAGAAAAAGAGCCGAGGAGCGAGAAAUCGUCGGCGAACGUUCCGUGAAGCGGCCUCAACUCGACACUUCGGUCGGCGUCUUGCGUGGAGGCUCGUUUCCCACAAGUGCGGCAACCUUUCCGCAGAGUGCAAUACCUUUCAGUGCUUUUCCGGAAGAUAUGGAGACAAAUGAUCCCUGGAUCGCCCCCCAACCCUCGUUUUCAGCAGACGGAUCAGGAACUCAUCAGGGCCACGAUCCCCGCUGGAGGCCUAUUGAGCGCGCCCCAUCCCCUGCAGCAUACCCUCACUCAGCUAUCAUACCUAGAGGCCAACACCCUUCUGAAGUUUUCCUGCCGCCCACUGAGCCACGAUCUGCUGUGACCCCAUCUUCUGGGGAAAAAACACGGCCUAAAAGACGACAUGGCCCGGCUGUAUCGUCAGCCUGGCCUAGCACUAAUACAUCAUCCAGUGGAAAGGCUAGAGGAAGACCCCCCAAUAAAGGAACAGUCUCUGGUCCCUUCUCGACAUUUCCGGUGAAUCCCAACCGACCGGCGCCCGGUCAAAUCCAGAACCCUGGAACCAGUCCAUCCCCUGCUAUCGUCGUCCAGCAGGAUCCUAGCAAUCGAUUCUCACAAGCACAAUAUAACCAGUCACCCACUCCCCAUCAAAGCGGAAGGCCGAACAAGCUUCAGCUACAGGUCCCACAGCACUCAGGUGCUCCCGUUCGCCUUGCGACACCACCAAUGCUCAUGGUGAAUGGAGUAAACAAUUCCUCCUUUUUGAAGGUUGAAGCAACACCCCAAAAUGGUGCCGCGAUUCCUUCGAAUGAUGCUACCGAGAGACCCGCUUCUAGGCACUUCAGUCAAACAAACUUUGCUGCCGACCAGACGCCCCAGGUGGCUCCUGACGAUGUUAUUCGCAUACUCUCCAGUGAACUCGCCCGCGCAAAACUCACAGGUCGAUCAGUGCCACUAGGUCCCGACGAAAGCCGAACGUUGGCAAUAUCGAUAGUGCAAAAUCUGAUGGCCUCUUAUUCGCAAUCCUCUUCUGGCAUCACGCCUCUGAUGGCCGCUCUCCAUCUUGGCCUGGGUCAGCACUUUGGCUAUGCAGGUGUGCCAAUGGCGUCCACCGAUAUGUCUGGGAAUUCAGGGGCCAAUGGCUCUUCGACAAGCUAUGCCUACACCGUGUCCCAUGAGUACAGACAUGGACUUUCGUUUUCGACAAAGAUUACGUUUGGCGAUAUUGUGCUUGGAAGCGCGGACAGCAGCAGGCCUUACUGUCGAGGCAGACAAUUCGACUGA